AUUUAUUUAUUAGAUUCUGCUAUCCUCUCUCUGAGCCUACUUAGUACUAUUAGUACAUAUUUUUUGUGGAAAACCAAAAGUCACCAAAAACCCUUCUUCUAUGAACUUCCAUUGCUGUUGUUUCAAAGAAGAGAAGAACUUUUCAGUGCUUUUGCUUCUUCCCUUACUCUUCUCUGUCCCCAACGCUAUGCUUCUGUUAAUAAUAGAAUUCAAUGUUGUCACUUUGUAUUCUAUGCUUCUUUAACUGAGUGUUCUGUUUUUCAUCAAACAUAAUCAUGGCGAGGCAAGAAAAGUGGUCUACUUUUGAGAAGAAAAUUUUGUCAUUAAAAGCUCGAAUUCGUUAUCUAAUCCGCCGCUAUGGGGCCCUAACUUUCAUUGCUGCAUUGCUUGUAAGUUACACAUUUAUGGAGAUCGCGGUGUUGGCAAUAAUGAUGGAUUAUCUCACAGAGAAACUUCGAAUGCGGAAUCAACGGAUAGCUGCUAUUGUCAUAAAUCUUGGAGAUGCUUUAUCAUCUCUCUUUUUUGUUGUUGUUUCUCUAAUCUCGCAAACAUAUACGGGUUCUUUCACUAUGAUCACAUUGUGUGCUGCAGCUUCCAUCGAGGGUUUAAUGCUACUAUGGACGUCUACAUUGCGAAUACCUUCAGCAAUUGGUUCGGCCUUUGCGGCCAUAGUCUUCCUUGGAAUUGGAAAAAGUGGUCAAAAGCUUUCAGAAAAUUUCCUUGAGCAUCAGUUGGAAGAAAAAUUUAAACCAAAGAAACAAGGGGAAAAAGAUGGAAGCACACAAGACAGAAAUGAGAGAAGCCUCGGCCAUACAAUUUUUAUUAGUAUCUGGUUAUUCUUUCCACUGGUUGUUGGAUAUAUCAUAGCAUUUUGCCUUGACUUCAUCUUCUAUGAUGCAAAAUUCAGGGACGUAUUCAGAUUUUCUGCACUUUUAAUGGGAGCGACUCAUCUGUUGUUCCUCAUCGGUUCUUUGGGGUAUAGCCGCCAAGAAUUACCCGUUGAAAGCGAUUUAAGCAAGAUCCAUAGAAUCUUCAUCACAGCUUUACGGAAACUGAGUUUAAAAUAUCCAACCUCACCAAAUUCUUAUUACUGGAAGGGCUACAAGCAGCAACACACGUAUAAUUGUGGUGAAGGAGUAAGGUUAUUGCCACGAGUUCCACGGCUAUUCAGGUGGUUGGACAAAGCGGCCAUAGUUAAAUCAGAAGAAGAAGAAGAAGAAGAUCCAAGACAUCAUAGAAAGAGUCUUGAGACGCAAGAAAAGAAAAAGAAGAUUUGCACUGUGAAGGACGUGAGAGAUGUCAAAAGCCUUGUUCAUAUGUUUUACCUUGCCCUUACCAUCUUUCCUUAUAGUUUACUCAUUGCCUCUGGGAACACUUUCUUUGUUGCCCAAGCAAGUGUGUUGGAACCAGUUAUGAAUAAAAGAGGUAAUAACGAUAUCUCUAUUCUAUUCUUGAUCGAAUCCGUGGCGACUAACAUGUCAGAGUUUGCUUGUUUUCUCAUCAGUCUUUCCUUUCGAAAAAAACAAAAAUCUAGAGUUUCAAGUUUAACGUUGGAAAGAAAAGCAGCGACAAUCAUAAGGAUUGGAUUUGGCAUUACGUGUGCAGUAAUAUGCGGCAUCAUAGCAUGGCAAGUAGAGAUUCGCAGGUUGUCGUCAAAGUUGAAUACAACAGUGGCUUUGGUUCCGCAAUUUGUGUUACUAGGAAUGACAGAGGGACUUGUUGAUGGGGGAAUAGAGAGAUUAUUCGAUGACCAUGUAGCAAAAUCGUUGUCGAAUUUUGAGGAUUCGUUUAGUGAGUUGGUGGUUGGUGGUGGAAAACUUCUGAUUAUACCAAUUGUGUGGAUUUUCAGCGGGUGGAUCAAGGAAACAAUCGAAACUAGCCAUUUGGACAGGUACUAUCUGAUGUUGGCGAUAAUGAACGCUGUGCUGCUUCUAGCUUUUGCAUACUACUCCGUCACCUAUGCGUACAAGGAAGUGUGUCCCGAAGAUGAGAAGGUAAGCACAGAGGAAAGAGUGGAUGAUGCACAUCAACCAGACUCAGAAGACAGCUAUCAGGAAAAUACUCUCCCAUUGAAAAUGGGAAAGAGUGGAUCAUUCCCAUAACAAGCCUAGUGUUCAGGAAAAUACUAUUUGUUUUCUAAUGUAAUAUUAGUUAUCACAAGUGAAUGUUCACUUUAUUGAAAAUGUCAUCGACCAAAACACCUUGUUCAUCUCUGUCCACAAGGGAAUCAAAGUACACAAAUGAAUUGUCGUCUAUUUCAUGAUUGAAUCCUCAAUGAUAAGGAAAAAAAGU